UCUUGUAAAGGGUCACGUUGCGCUGCAGCAGUGACACAGGAGACUGUUCCGCAUCCUCCGCACACGGUUCACCUGCUCUCUACGCUCAGACACCCAUCAGCAGCCAACAUGACUCACCAGUAUCCCGCACUGACUCCCGAGCAGAAGAAGGAGCUGCAGGACAUCGCUCAGAGGAUAGUAGCUCCAGGCAAAGGCAUCCUUGCAGCCGAUGAGUCCACCGGCAGCAUGGCAAAGCGCUUGAACCCCAUCGGGGUUGAGAACACAGAGGAGAACAGGCGCCGCUACCGCCAGCUGCUCUUCACAGCCGACCAGCGCAUCGACAGCUGUAUCGGAGGGGUCAUCUUCUUCCAUGAAACCCUCUACCAGAACACAGACGAUGGCACUUCCUUCUCCAAGCUCAUCAAAGACCGCGGCAUUGUCGUUGGCAUCAAGGUGGACAAAGGUGUCGUGCCCCUCGCUGGAACGAACGGAGAGACCACCACUCAGGGUCUGGAUGGGCUGUCUGAGCGCUGUGCGCAGUACAAGAAGGACGGUGCAGACUUCGCCAAGUGGCGCUGUGUGCUGAAGAUCAGCGACACCACGCCGUCUGAGCUGGCCAUCUUUGAGAAUGCUAAUGUGCUGGCACGAUAUGCUAGCAUUUGCCAGCAGAAUGGUAUUGUUCCUAUUGUGGAGCCCGAGAUCCUUCCUGAUGGAGACCAUGACCUGAAACGUUGCCAGUAUGUCACCGAGAAGGUCCUAGCUGCAUGUUACAAGGCUCUGUCAGACCACCAUGUGUACCUGGAAGGGACACUGCUGAAACCCAACAUGGUCACAGCCGGACACUCCUGCCCCACCAAGUACAGCGGCGAGGAAAUCGCCAUGGCUACUGUCACUGCUCUGCGCCGCACUGUGCCUCCUGCUGUCCCAGGAGUGACCUUCUUGUCAGGCGGCCAGUCCGAAGAGGAGGCCAGCGUGAACCUCAAUGCCAUGAACAACUGUUCACUCGCCAGGCCCUGGGCCCUGACUUUCUCCUACGGCCGUGCCCUGCAGGCCUCUGCCCUGAACGCGUGGAGAGGAGAGCUGAACAACGAGAAGGCUGCAACCGAGGAGUUCAUCAAACGUGCUGAGGCAAACAGCCAGGCUGCACUCGGCAAGUACGAGUCUUCUGGAACUGCUGGCGCCGCAGGAAAAUCUCUCUACGUGGCUAAUCACGCCUACUAAACAUCAAACCACCACAUACUGUUGUGGCCUAGUUAUAGUCUUAUAUCUGCUCUGCUAUUCCCCCUCACGCAUCCAUCAAUCACAGGCCUGCGCUGUCUACUGUACUUUAGAGUUGUCUAGUUAUUUAAAAUAACAUAAUUAGAUAUGUGUAUUUAAAAACAUAACACGAAAUACUAAAGGGAACAGUCUUGGAUUUUUUUUAUCUAAUUGAUCAAACACUUUUGAAACAAUUUAUGGAAGUGGACAACUCUUUUAUUCCAUGUCAAGCUGUCUGUUUGUAACAGUUAUUGAGCUCAGAAAUGAGCAGGAUCAAGAUAAUCAGUCAGUAUUCAAUUCAUGCCUCACCUUAACCGCACCUGUCUCCACACUCGGUACUUUCUCCAUUUAUCCCCCACAUGGCAAAUCUUUAGCCACUCCCAAGCAGGGCAGAUCAGCUUGUGUGUAUCUGUGUUUCGCUUCUGUCAGAGCAAAGUGUUGGCUCAUCCUAAAAACACCCUCCCUGACAGUGGGACCAACUGAUUAUUAGUGGCAUCAGUACAUGGGACAAGACGAAAAGACAAACCGUGUGAAGACUUUUCAGACCGAGUUGAUCUUUCGAGCGACUGUCCACAAGUGUGGAGUGCUGGUUGUACUUUCAGACAGCUGUAGCUCCAGCAGAGAGGCACACUUUAACAAACCAUUAUACACCAGGAUUCAUCCUAAUGAUUCAUCCUAACCUUUCUGUUCUCACACUUCUAAUCACCACUAAUCAGAGGAACGUCUCGUCUUGUCAUCUUGUCUAUUCUAAGUAUAACAUUAGCUUUAAAUUACAUACAGUAAUUAAUGUAUUCAGUUGUGUGAAGGUGUCGAUAUUAUGUGAUGCUUGUGUGUCAUGGCCACUCCUGAUUCCCCCAGCCCGCCCCACGGGAAGACAAGAUGAUUUCCAUUGACGUACCCAAAAAGUGGACCAAUUCGUGGGGUUAGCGGCGGGGGGAAACAGUCACUGCUGUGUUGGAAUACUGUGACGUUUGUGAUGUUAAUAUUGUUCUUGAAGCACUUGGUGUGUCAAAUAGUGGAGAAAAAUAAACUAAAAUAAACUUUAAAAAAAGUA